CCCUCUCCAAUGCGUGUGGCGCUCGACGCUCCUGAGCCGCGCUUCCGCCGCUACCCCUGCCUGUGCCACCAUCUCAAGCUUCCGCCACCGCGCAACGCCAUCGAUUUCCUACGCUACGACGUGUUCUCGAACGAUUUUGGACACCGCGUCCUACCCUGCACCAACACCUCAAGCUUCCGCCGCCGCACGGCGCCAUCGAUCUCCUCCGUUGCGACGUCUUCUCGGACAAUUCUCGGCACCCUAGGACAUCACGAACAUGGGGACAUCGACCCGUGGUCAAUUCCCCUAGCCGUCUGCCACCAUGGCCAGAGAGGAGCACCAUGGAUGUACUUUGUCUCCCAUGUGCCGGGGAGCGCAGCUGUACUUCCUCUCAUGGAUGAGCGCGGAGGGGUUGCGGGAUAUAGCCUCCAGCAACAACGAUGGCGGCGGCAACGGCACCAUCCUCACCGGACGAUUACAUGUGGCGCAGCGGCGGUGUCCUCUAGCCUCUCCCACUUUCUUCGUCAACACCAACAACGAGGUGGAAGCUUCCCAAGGCGGCCAUGGCGGCUUGCCACGCCACCAGGCGAUGUGCCAAGAUGGGAUCAUUCUCUCAGUUUUGCCCUGCAGUUCCAUGCAUUGAUUCAUAUCUUGUAUUCUGCAUGCAACCUGUUUGUCGAUAUGCCAAGGCAAGGAAGCUACUGCUGCAAGAUCAAUUCUUCCGUCAGUUGCGACGCGGAGAAGUCAUCAAGCAUGGAUGAGCAGAUCCCACGGUGUGGCUCAGACGAUGAACCAUAGUAGUACAAUCUACAUAAGGUUCCUCCUUACUCUGAACCUCCGUUGUAUUGGUUAACAUUAACAUUAGUUUCAAUUUGGUUGAGUUGUUUGUUAUUGCCCGAACAUAGUCUGUUACCAAGUUUUGUUGCAUAUGUGCUGCUAAUACCAGAAAUUGUCACCGACGGCUGCAUCUAUGAAAGGUAGCAUAACUGUGGUUGUUUUCUUCGAACCUGACAUGACAUCCAUUUUGCAUUGCUCUAAUCAUGUUUUGUGAAUGCAUUUUUUGGUUAAUGAGACCAAAUAGCUCAUGGAGAAGGCAGAAAGUCACUUUGGAGGACGAGUUCGAAUGAGCCCUAUAUUUUGAAUAGUGCCAAAAGGUAUUUUGAAUAGUGCCAAAAAGUCACUCAUGGAGAAGCAUGUUAACAAAGCGACAAAAGUUGCAUAGAUUGAAAAAUCAAAGUUGAGACAAUUGAAUAAAGAUGUAAAUCAAUACGCACCAUGCAUGUAACUUUUGCCAACAAAUACAUGAGAAGUGCUCAUAAUAAUCCAAUAGUAAUGCACUCUUACAGAUUUGAUGUAUGCUUCUUCACUAUGAAUAAUCACACGCUCUUCAAUUCAUGUUUACAAAAAUCUUGCAAACAGAGAAAAGCCAGGCUUUCCCAAGGAAUUUAGGUGUGGACCGACCUCAGACACCAACAACGUGCUCCCAGUAUUCUCUUGCUUGGCUUUGUUGUCACCGACCAUACAAGAGGUCCAUCAUAUAUAGUUGAAGUAUUUUAUCAUUAUAAAAGAACUAUAUUUUUUCUGAUAAGAUUUGGUGCUGCUUAGUCUGAUUAUCAUAGGAGUCAUGCACAACAUCAUCAUCAAUAUGAGAUGCUCAGACCUGCUUUAGCUUUUGAGGUUGUUUAAUGUCCUUGUCAUACCAAGAAGGAUUUAGCUGAAGGUUUGUGACUGAGGAGAAUGAACCGGUGAUAUUAACCUAAAGAGUUAUUUGGCCACUGAUGUCGCACAAUGUCUUUAUUUCGAAAACCAUCACAUACUGCUUUUGGUUAAUAGAUUUGUUUAGUACCAAAUGCUUAUUACGUUUCUGUGAAGGACAAUGGCAAUAUCACGAUGAAAAACAAUUUAAUAAUAAUAUGUGAUACGUUGUAUUUUUUAUGCACCUUUUGAUCACUGGAUUUGAAAAGACAUCUAUCUAAUUAUAUGGCAUUUGUAGAACGGAACACCUCUUUGAAAUGCUCUGCAAAUGAGAACAUACAUGAAUAUGUUGAUCCUCAUCUUUUUCUGUCUCAGUGGAUGAAAGUACUAUGCACAGCUAGAGGAAGACACCACCAUUGCUUUCCAUGUGUGGCUGCCAAAUGCGAGGGACAAAACACCUCUUUGAAAUGCUCUUCAAAUGGAAACAUACAUGAAUAUGUUAAUCCACAUAUUUUUGUGUCUCAGUGAAUAAAAGUACUAUGCAGAGCUACAGGAAGACACUGCCAUUGCUCUUUGUGUGUGGCUGCCGAAUGCGAAGUUACAGUUGCUGCAUGGUCUCAAUCCUUCAUUUUCAUCCAUCGGCUCUGCUGUUGGGAACCUUGGUCAAGACAAAAUUGUGAAGCCAUGCAUGGCAGUGGCAGCAAGGCAUAGUCCAAAUGUCACAACAUAAAGGAAGUGACAGUGUGUAGUGGUAAUAAAAAGGGAAGGGAGCCACCCCCUGUGUUUGUGACAGCAUAGAAUGAAUAGUUUGUCUAUAUAUUUUUUGUUCUGUACAAAUGAAAGGUAUGGGAUUGGAAUAA